AUGCCUUUGAAGAAGAAGAAGAAGGUGAAGGAGCCGAAGCUAAAGCUUGUCGCGCCUGAGCCCCCGGGCGAUGAGUGGGAAACCAACUGGGUGUGGGAUCACAUCAGCGCCGAGCCCCAUCGCCUCUCACAGAUGAAUGGAACGCACGUGGCGGCGACGGAAGGCCUGUUUAACGUCGAAUGGGAUCUGCGCGAGGCCUCCCCACGCGAACUUCACGAUAAAGAUCGGGUCCCCCCUUACGAACGAAUCACCGAUGCAUUCGCCAAAACGCAGGACCUCUUGCGGUCCGCGCAGGAGACCGUUCGCGCCGAGCGGGAGCUUUUGGGCGACUUUGAAGGGCUCACGAAGGCGGAGAAGGCCCAUGCGGAUGAAAUUCGAAUCCGAUACGGCAAUGAGCUCGCGGCGUUGCUUGAUCAAUUAGCGGAGCUGCAUCAAAGCGUCCAGGAGGAGCUCACAUCGUCGGGGGAAGAGCUCUUAGCCCGCAUGAGGGAGGCGUCAGGUCGUGUUUGCGAAUUAGCUGCUCGCGAUCAGGAAAUUGGGGCGAGUUUUACUGAACGGAUUGCCAGACUGGAGGAGUGCGAGCGAGUCAAGGACGCUUACUAUACGGAGCACCAACAGUAUAUUCGAGAGAAUCGGAAACUAAAGGAAGAAACCAAUAUAAUACAUAGCAAGGAAGUAGAAAAUAUGGUCGAGACGCUUGGGCGUACCACCAACGAGCUGGCGGCGUCGCUAUUUACGGGUCCUUCAGGGCUUUGCAUCAACUCAUCGUCAGGUAAAGGGAGCUGGGAGGAGACGCCCGCCACGGGGGAAAAAUGCCCUGAAUAUCUCCUGAAAGAACUUAUCAAGUUGAACCUUGAGUCGAGCACUGCUCGAGAGCGACAAGCGGAGGCGAUUCGCAACAAGAUAAGCCUGCGGAGACGCGUCAAUAUGGAAAAACAACAGCUAUUCGCCGCCAAAUCGCGCAACGAGAUGCUUAAAAAGCAGCUUGAGGCGCUUAAAAAGAACUCCAGGCAGCCCUCCCCCCCUAACUGGAGAGAGGAAACCGUGGGAGGAGGAGGAGGGAUGCCAUGUGGCGUCGAAACGAGCGCUAUCAACCGACUCGCCGAGGCGCGACGGCAGCUAAACCACACCACCAAGGAGCUUUCGGAGGCCGAGGCCACCUUGGAUCAGCUGCGGCGAUAUCAUUUCUCUCAGCUCAGUGGAUCCUACAACCCCACGCGGGCCGCCGGGGAGGAGAUCCCAGCCGUGCAGCGGACGCAACUCGAUCCCACCAUCAGCGCCGCCGUCCGCCAGGUCGUCAUGGAGGCGACCAUUGAGCUGAAUGACGCCCUGAUGGCGGCGUUUGAAACGCCCGACCACGUCAAAGAGGGGGAGCCGUUGGUUUUGGAAGGCCUCCAAAGCAUCGGCUCGCUUCGGAAGCGAAGAACGAUUCAAAACUACGUCGUGAAGCGAAUCAAUAACCUGUUCACGUGUAAGAGCCUGGUGCUGCCGUUGUUAUCACCUGCUAGCAGAACCACAAUGUAA